UCCAAGUGCUCUGGCUCUGUUCACAGUUCGCUCGAGUCCCCGAAGUAAGUUGUUCUGCGCCCUGUCUGGUGCUCUGUGUGUGUCCAUAGGAAAAAAGUGGUCAUAAAUUAGUGCAUUUUGUGCGGCCUAUUUCUCCAGUAUCUUACUCCGGACAUUUUUAUUGUUUGUGACUAAAACCUAGCAAAAACACGAAAAGUAAUUGCUACCAUGGCUGAGAAACCAAAGCGUCCUCUAUCAGCGUACAUGCUGUGGCUGAAUUCGGCCCGCGAACAGAUCAAGAAGGAGAACCCCGGAAUUAAAGUGACAGAAAUCGCCAAAAAGGGCGGAGAGCUGUGGAGAGGAAUGAAGGAUAAGUCGGAGUGGGAAUACAAGGCGGCCAAGAUGAAGGAUGAGUACAACAAACAGAUGCAAGACUUCGAGCGAAACGGAGGAAGCAAGGACGCCGGAACCAAGAAAAAGAAAGGUGCAAAGAAAGUUGUCAAAAAGAGCAAAAAGAAGGAUUCGGAGGAUGAAGAUGACGAGUCUGGAGAUGAGAGCGACUGAACUAAUCACUAACCUUAAAAUAAUUAUUUUUAAUUUAUUGUGUAAAUGUUCGGGGCCUUACUUCAACAACAAAACCACAGCCAUCUCUUUCUCUCCCCCUGUCUUACACGCCGGAAACAGAACAGCCAACGCACUACUUGAGGACAGUCCUCGCUGUCCCCAGUCCCAGUAUUCCUGAAUACUGACCCUGCUACGUACAUCGUACUAGUAAAAUAACCCUCUAAAACCACACCCCUCCCGGCAACCCCCCGUCAGUAUAAUGAAAGGCUUUCCGACAGUUUUGAUAAACCGUCAAAAAGAUUCCUUCUUCAUCAAAACUACUACCCUAAUACUGCUACUACUGUUCACUAACCAAAAAAGAUCUAUCAACUUGCCACCGCGUCACACACAACUUUACACAAAAUUGAAAUGAAAACGAACUAAAAAAACGUAAAAUGACAAGUGGAAAAAUAGAGUUUUACCUAUUGAACAACCAAAAA